AUAUUAGUUUUUUUCAGACAUUUUGAACUCUUUUCACAUUUCUAAGAACUACCCUGCUUGGUAAUCUUUCACUAGUGGUCAGCCUUCAGGUCAAAGUUUGGAAGAGAUCAAAAGAAAAAAACACCCCCCCAUAAAACUCCAAUCAGGUUGCACAUCAGCUGUAAAGAAAGUAUUUUCCUGUUUCUAGGAGUGAAUAUCAGUCUUGUUUAUUCAAGUGGAAGGCAGGAGUGUGGGCUUGUGUCUUGGAGCAGCAGAAAUAGCACAGAGAAGAUUCUUGACAUAGGAGUGAAACUGAGUUAACAAUGGAGCCAUCAGAAGAAUUUUUGUUCAAACAUAAAGGAUUUUAUUUCGUGUCAAACAUUGUUACACCUGAAUACAUAGAUUCACUUGAGGAUUUUGAAAUCAGAGACAGUGAUGUAUUUGUUGUUACUUAUCCAAAAUCAGGGACUGUGUGGACUCAGAAUAUUUUGAGCUUGAUUUAUCAUGAAGGCCAUCGAGAUGGAACAGAAAAUAUGGAAAUAGUAGACAGAGUCCCAUGGCUGGAAUAUAACAUACGUAAUAUGGAUUAUGUCCGUCGUCCAUCACCUCGUCUCUUUGCUACUCACCUGCCGUACUAUUUAGUUCCAAGAGAUCUCAAGAACAGGAGAACAAAAGUUAUUUAUGUAGCCAGAAACCCGAAGGAUGUUGCAGUUUCCUAUUUUCAUUAUUCCAGCCUUUCAGUCCUACUUGAGACAAUGCCAGAUUUUAAUAUUUUUCUGGAGAGGUUUUUAGCUAGGAAAGGGGCUGGCUUCUGGCUGGAUCACAUCACAGGCUGGUCCACCCACAGGGAUGACUUCAAUAUUCUCUUCCUUACCUAUGAGGAGAUGAAGAAGGAUCUCAGAGGCGCUGUGCUGAAAAUCUGCAAAUUCUUAGGAAAGCAGCUAAAUGAAAAAGAGCUGGACACUGUUGUAGAAAAGGCUACAUUUGAUCAAAUGAAAACUGAUCCCAGGGCAAACUACGAGUCCAAGCAAAAAGCCAAUUUCCUGGAACCAGGCAAAGGACAUUUUCUUCGCAAAGGGACCGUUGGAGACUGGAAGAACACAAUGACUGUGGCACAGAGUGAAAGGUUUGACAAUAUUUUUAAGGAGAAAAUGAAAGACCUGUCUUCCAUGUUCAACUGGGAUACUAAUGACGACAUAUAGGCUGGUUUCCAGGUGGAAAGAGGUGAAAGUGCGCUAAAGAGAAUGAAAGUAUGUGUUUGUCUCCAGUGUUCAUAAAAAUUCAUCAUUCUGUGCAAAUUAAAGAUUUUAAACAUGCAAAAA